AUGACUGAAGUCGAAGUUGAUGUUGAACAGAUUUAUAAAGCUUAUGACGCAAUUAAUAAUGCCGGCAAUAAUAUAGCAGAGGUUAAACAUUCAUAUGAAAUUUUGAUCAUUGGUGCACACGGCUCAAGUAAUUGUAAACAACUUGCUGCUCAAUUUAUCCCUCGCUUCUUUGGCAAGUUUCCAGAGUUCUAUGAGACUGCAUUAGAUGCGUUGUUUGACCUUUGUGAGGACACUGAUAUAAAAGUGCGUUUAAUGGUUAUCAAGUAUAUGCCAAAUGUCGUUAAAGAAUGCAACAAGUUCGCUGUUAGAAUUGCUGAUGCAUUAGUACAAUUAUUAGAAAAUGAAACUACACGUGAAAUUACUGCAGUGAAGAAAGCUCUUGAACAAGUUCUUCGCUUGGAUCCAGGAACAAUACCAGCAAUUUUUAAUCAGUCAUUAAAAGGGUCACCUGAAGUUCGCCAGAGAACAAUUGGGUUUUUAUCCAAUGAUUUGAAUAGGAUUAAAGCGGAAUUAUCACAGCUAAAUAGUGAUUGGGAAUCUAAAUUUUCCGAUGAAGUGAUAAAGGCCCUUCACGACGCGAAUUCUACGGAUUAUGAGAAUUUUAUUAAGAUGUUAUUGUCAUUGAAUAUGUACAAAAAGAAAGAUAAUUUAAAGGCUUUGUCAAAUUCAAUUGUUGAUGCAAUUGCUAGUGAAGACGAACAAUUCGAUCCCUCCAAUGAAAAUAUUGUUAAUAAAUUUAUAAUGUGUGGGAAAACUUUGAUUCAACUUUUUGAGAAAGGUAUAUCCACCACACCGAUACUUGUUUUCUUAGUGAAAAAAAUAUUGCCACAAGAUGUAUAUUGCAAAUUACAAGCAAGGCAACAGAGAACCGUUUUACGAUACUUUGUUGAGUUCAUUAUCCGAAAUCCAACCGAGGUUACUUUAAGAGAAGCGGCACCAUUGAUAAAAAAUAUAUUUGUGAAUGAAGUUCCGGAACCUCCCGCAGAUAAUAUUGAUGAGGAUCCAAAAAUAGAUUUAAAUAAAGUGGAAAACAUUGUAUAUACGAUUUACACUAUUGCCUUCAAGAUUCCGACGAUUACUGAAGGACAAGAAGUGAAUUGUCGAUUACGCCACCUAUAUACUUUUGCCAUGAAAUGUCAAACGCGUGUAAAACAAAGUUUGAAAGAUUUACAAAAAACCCAAAGUAAAGACCAACAAACUAUAGAAAAAAUUAAAAGGGCAGAGAACGUUCAAACCGUGACUCACAAUAUUUUUACAAUGACGAAGGAAUUAAUGAAACCAGCAGUGGCACGACAUUUUACAAAAGUUGUCAUUUCCUGGCGUGUACCAUCACAAUCGAUAUCACCACAAUCUACGACAUCGUCUUCAACGUCGUCGACGCCUUCGACGACAGUGGGAAACAAACGCCCAAAUAUUAGUUCACCCUCAACUCCAAAUAAAAAACAAAAGUCGGCACAAAUAUCAGCAAAUACUACUACUACAACUUCACAAGCUCCUCAAAAAAUAUCAGUAUUUCAAGUAACAAAAAGUCCUCGUAUCGGUCAAGCUAAUAAGAGAGUCGGUGGAAAUGGUGGCAACAACAGGAAUAACGGUGAUGGUGGUUAUGGAAGAAUUGCAAAAAUUGCGCGAAAUAAGAGCAAUGAGAAAAACCUAUAUGUACCACCACCAAGAAGAGGUACGUAA